UCUCUGUCACUGCAGUGGGUGACUGUCUCUUUCGUUGCCCGACGUAUGUUGCCGAGAGUGUUAAGUGUCUGGAACCCAGCUGCACAGACUUAACCAAGCGAAUGCCUGUAUUUUUUUUCGCGGUUUGCAAAAACAGUGUGAUGUGGGAGGAAACCACACACUUCCCUAGCUUGCAAUCGCGGCUUUUUUUUCACUAUUGCACGAGGAAACGGCGAGCCGCUAUAUCACCUGCUGUGGUGAAAGUAACUGCACCGCUCCUCUCACUGGUCAAGCUGUCCGCGCCUCUACGUCGGAAGAGGAACCCUCUUCUCAAGUAACUGCUUUCCUUCUUGUCUCUCCACGCCUAGAGUGACUAUUGCCCUCUAUCGGCGUUCGUUUCACAUCUUCGGAGCUGCUUUACUCUCUCCUCGUCCUUGUCUCGCGUUUGAUUUUCUAAGUCGGUGCGCGAGAACGGCGUUCCGUGUACGUACCUUCAUUGUUUAAGUCUAUGAUUUCUCUCGACUUCUGGCGCCAACGUAACGCCCCUUCUGUUUCCCUCAUUUGCGCGUUGCUCCAGUCCUCAUAAAGUCACAAAAUCUGUCAACCAGGGUCAGCUGUGAAUAUCGUCCUGGUCGCUGUCAGAGCACGUUCUGUUUCCCCCGUUUCUCGGCCUUCGUGCAUUGCUUCUGCUUGAUGUGCUUUCUGCGCGGCUCGUCUCGUGUUUAAAGCGUGUCUGUGUAGUCCAUUUCCAUUUCAGGUGGUUGCCACGGGUACUGGUCAUGCACCAUGCGCUCAUCACAUUUCAUGAAAAUUCCACUUGAGAGUAAAAAACCGCGAGUCUGCGAUGAUUUUGACGGGUUUUUAUGUAGAUGUGACACUUGGUUCAUGGAUGCAAUUUCGCCCAUCCUCACUCUCACCAGUAGAUCUAUAGCAUAAAGCAGUUCCACGUGAAGCGCUGUUUCGGACGGAGGUCUACCACCGGCGCAACAACAGUACGGAGCCUGCAACGAAAAGAGGAACUCUACCAAGGGAGUGUACUCUUUAGAAAUGGCGGCUUCAAGAACCCCAUCCAAUCCCACGCCGUACUCUGCGGAGCUCCAGACGUUCCUUAUCACCAAGUUUGAUCCACUAUUGGCUAUCGUCCGCGAGCUGAACGACCGACUGCAGAAUUCCGAGAAAGAACGUUAUCGUCUGGAGAGGCGAACCCAGCGUCUAGAGAGCCAAUUUCUGGCGCUGGCGGAAUCAGUGGAAAAGGGAAAGCCCCUUGAAAAGAGCGGGCUCGACGACGAAGACACACUCACUGUGCCCCGCGACGCGGUGAAAUCUGAGGAGGCCCUUGUGGCCCCAUGGCUUUUCUCUUGCCAGACUGGCACACCCACCUCGGCUCUUCAGGUGCUCCUUGAGUUCACGCCGGACACUACAGAGGAGCUGGAUGUAAAGCUCUGGAAAAGAGAAGAAGAUAUGUGGAUCAUGUUCCUUGAAGAACUCCCUGACGCCUUCGCGGUGCACAAGCCCGAGAGCCUGCAGCUUCUUGACCUCCGCCGCGCGGCCCGUAGAGCUUUAUUGGAAUUAUGCCGUGGAGAGGCUCUGUUCAUUUUGCGGAACGUCCCGGGAAAGGCAGAAGCCAGCUCCUGUCCGGCAGCAAUCACCCUGGUUGCUAUUUUGGCGGCAGCACUCUCGGAAGCCUGGAGGAGGGUCGAAGCAGCGGAGCCCGCCACGCUUGGUCGAGUGGCCCUUGUUCUUGAAGGCUCAGCCAUUGGCUCGAGACUCCGUGCUGGUCGCAACCGGUUACACAUUGAGCCUCUCAACUGAAUGCAAGAGUCUGCUUCUUGCAUACUGUGGCUAUCACUGCAGCUCGACCAAGCGAGGACUCACUAUCAGUUAUCUGUUAAGAAUUGCCACAACCCCCAGUGUGGGGCUUUCCUGUCCACGUGGACAAACCGGCAAGUAUUUUGGAAAACGCUUUCCACGGCCUAUGCACAUUUAUUCGCUCGUGGAACUCCAGUUUUCAAGUUUUUGAUUUAUCCCGUGUACCCCAUUAGUAAAAUCCUACACGGACAGCUCUCGUGGUCGUAAUCGUUUCUCACAUCUCGAGUGUGUGUGGUGCUAUGCUUGUGGCAAGAAGGCACCGGUUCGCUCUGUACAGCCCGAAGCCAGUCGUCAAAACGCAGCACCAAUGCUGCCACCGUGGGGAUAGCCCAUCAGGCAGAUCUUCUGGGGCU